AGAACGGUAAACACUGAGCAGGCUCGCAAGAGAAACCAGAAAACGAUAGAAGCAGUAGUCUGAAAGAAGGAAGAAGGCAGGGGAAGGGCGGUCGACGGUUGCGUUUAGGCUUUGAUCUGCACCUCUCUGUUGGAGAUCGAACCCUAACCGUUGAGGCUUGAUUCGGCAGGGUCAUUUUGAAAGCUCAUCAAUGGAGACCGAAGCUCAGGAGGAGACGGCCACAGUCGCCAGUCUCCUCCCUCUCGCCUCCGUCUCCCAACAGCCCUACGUUUCUGAGCUCCUCUCCUUCACUCUCGAUCGACUCCACAAAGAACCAGAGCUACUUCGUGUUGAUGCGGAGCGGAUUAGGCGGCAGAUGCAGGAGGUGGCGGUUGGGAAUUACCGUGCAUUCAUUUGUGCCGCCGAUGCAUUGCAGGCGAUUCGCGAGGAAGUCUCUGCCGCUGAUAAGCAUCUUGAAUAUCUGAUAAAUGAAAUCCCAAAGCUGACAUCUGGUUGCACCGAGUUCAUUGAAUCGGCGGAACAGAUUUUGGAGAAGAGGAAGAUGAACCAAAUAUUACUAGCUAAUCAUAGUACUUUGCUGGAUUUGCUUGAAAUCCCUCAGCUUAUGGACACAUGUGUAAGGAAUGGUAAUUAUGAUGAAGCUCUUGAUUUAGAAGCAUUUGUGUGCAAACUUUCAACGAUGCACCCGAAGUUACCAGUAAUUCAGGCACUGGCCGCCGAAGUUAAGCAGACCACCCAAUCCCUUCUUUCCCAGCUUCUCCAGAAACUUCGAUCAAAUAUUCAGUUGCCAGAGUGUCUUCGCAUUAUUGGAUAUUUACGUCGUAUUGGAGUUUUCAGCGAAUAUGAAAUGCGUUUGCAGUUUUUGAGAUGCCGUGAGGCAUGGCUUAAUGGCAUUCUUGAUGACUUGGACCAGAGAAAUGCUUAUGAGUACUUAAAAGGGAUGGUGAAUUGCCACAGGAUGCAUCUUUUUGAUGUUGUUAACCAGUAUCGAGCCAUAUUUGCUGAUGAUACAUCAGGAAGCGAAGAAAACUAUGAUGGUGGGCUUCUUUUUAGUUGGGCUAUGCAUCAAAUUACUUCUCACCUUAAAACUCUAAAGGUUAUGCUCCCUAAGAUAACUGAGGGGGGAUCUUUGUCAAAUAUCCUGGAUCAGUGCAUGUAUUGUGCCAUGGGACUUGGUUGGGUUGGAUUGGAUUUUCGAGGCUUGCUUCCUUCGCUUUUCGAAGAGGCAGUUCUCAAUCUAUUCUCAAAGAAUAUGACAACAGCUGUUGAAAAUUUUCAGUUAGUCUUGGAUUCACAUCGCUGGGUCCCGUUACCAGCAGUGGGCUUUCCUGCCAAUAGUGUAGGUGAAGAAAGUCAGGAGGAUGUGACUCCACCAUCUAACUUAAUGGAGCAUCCGCCUCUGGCUGUGUUUGUUAAUGGCAUAUCUGCUGCAAUGAAUGAACUACGUCCCUGUGCUCCAGUUAGCUUAAAACAUGUGCUUGCUCAAGAACUGUGUAAGGGAUUGCAGGCUGUUUCUGAUUCUUUAUUGAGGUACAAUGCGACUCGGAUGCUUAGGGAGAAUGAAUCAGUACUUUUCCUAUCCCUUUGCCGGGCAUUCAUUGAGGUUGCUUAUCCACAUUGUGCCACAUGCUUCGGUCGAUGUUACCCUGGAGGGGCUACUCUUAUCACUGAUGCCAAGAAUUUGUUUGAUGGAAUUAGCCGCUUAUUGACAGUCACACCCUCAAGAGAACCGCCCAAACCAGUUCAAAAUACAGAGGGAAGGAGCGUGUCAGAUAACGGUGACCUGCCAAGGGUGGAAAAUGGGGACCCAGUGGAUGUCGAACAAGCAGACGGGACCAAUGACGAGGAACAAGAGCAGAGGACCAAUGAGGAUGGACAAGAGCAGAGGACCAUUGAGGAUGGACAAGAGCAGAAGACCAAUGAGGAUGGACAAGAGGAGACGAACUUUCAGACUAAUGAAAGGCACAGUGAUGCCUGAAGCAUCUUUGUUGACAUAAAAUGUCUAAUUGUUCCAUGAAAUGAUUGUUGUUAAAAUUGUCAUAGAAAUUUAUCCUGCCUCCCUGUGAUGUAAAGGGGCAAAUUCUUUACCAACUCAAUGUUACAACAGACAUUACCUUAAGUCAUGUGAUACCGAUCCACACGAUGAAGAUUUUCAUGUAUUGGGGUUCUCAAUAUUUGAUUUUGGGAUGGUAAUAGUGGACGAAAUUGCAGAGGUGGAAAGUAUCCUAGUGUAGGAUUGGAAUAUAUUGAUUUUGUAACAGGCUUAUUUGUUGAUA